AUGCCCCUGCCCAUCCACGCGCUGGAACAGAGGAAGCGAGCGAGCGGCCGCUCGAGCCCUAUUCGCAUCGAGGAAAAAAGAAGCCCCCAAACGCAGCGACGGCUAGGGUUGCCGCGCCGCCGCCGGACCAACCUCGCCGGCCAGGCCCUUGCCGCCGCCGCCCGCCUGGCCCUUGCCGCCGCCGGCCAGGUUCCCGCCGCCGCCGCCCGCCUUAUCUCCCUCCGUCGCCCCUCUUCCUUCGCUGCUCGUCCUCCCCUUCGUUGUGUCUCCGCCAACAUCGACAGCCAUCGGAGCUGCACCUCGACGACCGCUGACGACCACCGGUGCUGCACCUCGACGGCAACAAGCAGCCCCACGCGAGAGGAGGUUCGAGCAAAUAACCGCAACGCUGGUUAUUUGUCGGACAUAGGACAAGCUAAUUUGCAUAAAAAGUUCAACGAGCGCUCUGGGAGAAACUAUUCGACCCGGCAAAUCAAAAAUAGGUGGGGUGUAUGUAGAAGCGAGUACAACACAUGGAAGACAUUGAUCCAGCAAGCAUCUGGCUUAGGAAGAGAUGAGCAUACACACACUAUUGCAGCUACAAAUGAGUGGUGGGCAUUGGAGAUAAAGUAUUGUUGUUGUCAUGCACAUCCAGAAGCUGCCAAGUUUCGCUAUGCUCCACUAGCGGAGGAGGAAAAAAUGUCAGAGGUUUUCGAUACUACUUGUGUCACAAAUGAGCAUGCGAGGGUGCCAACUCCCUCGUAUCAAGGUGAUCCCUCUCGAAUCAGUUUGGAGGAUGACUCAGGGUGUGAUAGUCAUGAAGGCCAAGUUACCCCUGUUCAAAAUCGAGCCAAGGGUGGGAAGAAGAGGGCGUGUCCUUAUUCGCCAAGUCCAAAGAUGAAUGACAAGUGGGAAAGUGAGAAUGCUAAAAAUGAGGCUUUUGUACGCAUGGUGGACAUCUUUGGUGCAAGAGACAAGAGGGAUGCAGAGGAGAUUGAGAGUGUGGAUCCAACAAGAGAAGAGAUUAAACAAAUGAUGGCCAUGGUGGAAGCGGAUGGUGCAAAACCAGGAAGUGAUGAGCAUUUCUAUGCUACAUUUCUUUUCAUGGAAAAGAAAUAUCGUGAUGUUUUCUCCACUUUCACGGCUCAUGAAUCUGUUGCAAGGCUUGGAUGGAUAAAGAGGAUGUGGGAGCUCAAUAAUAAGUAG